UCGCACUGAAGUCCCCGCGUUUCUCCUCGGCCGGUAAAGCCUUCGCCGGCUCUUCCUUGUCUUCUUCACUGCCAGCCCUUGGGAGGUCACCACGAGCAGCAGCACCCUCAGCCACACUGCCCUGGUGCUCUGGUCCCACCAUGGCUUCUCUCUGGAUCUCGCUGGAAAAGGACCUGUUCAACCCUCAGAAGAAGAGGCUGCUGGAAACCAUCCGGGUCUGGAAAACAGGGAAGAAGAAGAAGAUGUCCAUCCUCUGUGUUGUGGUGGACACCUGGAGGCCAAUGCAGCCGUGCCUGGUGCAGGUCAGGGCGGAGCCGCUCCGGACAAGGCGCUGGUGGCCUCUGGCAGAGCUCAGGCUGGUGGAUGGCAAGAGCCUCCAGCAGGCCAGCCUGGACUUUGACCUGCAGUUUGACAAGGUGUACAAGUGGACCACCAGCAGCUUUGAGGAGAAGAAGACCUUUCUCAGGUGCCUGUGGAAGCUGAGCCACCGGUUCCUGGGCAGAGCUGUGACCUUUGUGAACGUCCCCUCGUGUGCACUGGAAGGGAUGCCAAGACCCCAAGAAGACGAGAAGGACCCCGAGGAGGCUGAGAACCACGAGGGGCUCAGCUGUUACCAGGAGAUGACUCCAAAGGAAGCCGCUGAUGUGCUGAAGGUGCUGGAGGAGCACGAGCCCCUCGUGAGCAACUCCGUGGCCUUUGCAGAGCAGCUGAGCAGGGAGCUCCACGUGCUGGACGAGGCCAACCUCCAGGCCAUCAUCUCCUCGGAGCAGGAGGUGACACAGCUGAUGAGCUCCAUCGACGAGGCCCUGGCAGAGGUGGCCAGGGUGGAGGAGACCCUGCAGGUCUAUGAUGAGCUCCUGGGAAGUGUGAAGCAGCAGAUGGACCACAUCCACCGGGAAAACUCCCUGCUGCACCGCAUGGUCUCCAACAGGAGCAAACUGAUGGAUGAGCUCCUGUUCCUCACGACCCGCCUGGACCUCAGCAAGGAGCACUGGGAUGUCCUGAGCCGGGCGGAUCUUUCCAGCCCUGCCGGAGUGAGAUCCUGCAGUGCUGCAGCAGAGGCUUUGUCUGCCUGCAUGAACACCCCCCUCCAGCCUGGUUCCCGGAAGCUGCAGGCGGUGGCCGAGCAGCUGAUCCUGUUUGAAACCCUCAAGCAGAACUUUGAGAACUCUCUCAUCAGUCACAUCACCAACAUCUUCCAGCUGCAGGGCAGCUCUCAGGUCCCUGCUCUUGGGCAGCCCGUUGACAAGUUGUCUGCACCGAGCCAUGGACUCCACCACGAGGAGCUGCUGCCCUACACCCCCCUCAUGGCCUGGCUGAGGAACAGCAGCCCAGCUCUGUUCUGUGACCUCCCCAAGGUCUACGCCCAGAACCUCGGCAGACUCUACGAGCGGGAGAUCAGAGCCUUCUUUGAACAAGCCAAAACCUCCUUGUUGGGAAGAAGAAAAGGAAGUCUCCAGGAGAGCCCGGAGAAGCCCCUGGGGAACAGGCACCAGCCCCGGUGGAGCCUCCCCGGGAGCAGGGAGAGCCAGGAGGAGCCACCAGCCAGAGGGAACGUGGUCAAGGUGCUGGAGCAGGUGCUGAGGCAGCUGCAACCCCUUUGCACCUCGGAGCAGCGGUUCCUCCAGGAAUUCUUCCAGCUGAGCCACGACACUGUGGAUCUGCAGGGUCUGGAGGCAUCUGCCACUAAGGGAGGGGAGACCUUGGCACCUGCAGAGGAUCCUCCUUGCACCAAGCGCCGGAGCCAACCAGAAGAACCUACAACCCACCUGCUGAGCGAGAUCUUCAGCUGCCUGGAGCUGGAGCUGAGGGGUUUUCUGGAUGUCUGCAACAAGGUCCACCCUUUUGGCUGCUUGCAGGUCCUGGUCACCUUGAGUGACUCCGUCUUUGGGAUGUGGGGCUCUUCCUCAGCUCCCCCCUCGUCCUUCCUCAACACUGUCCUGGGCAACGUGUUGCUCCUGGCCAAGAGCAGCUUCAACAAAUGCAUUGGGACCUUGUGCAAGGAGAUCGAGGAGGCAAAGGUGCCCAGCAGGAUGAAAGGUGGGAUCCUGCCCUCUGUGAGCCGCUUCCAGGAGUUCGUGGACUUCUCCGAGGAGGUGUUCAGGACAGCUCAGAGGAGAGGGGAGCUGGACAAGGCCCACCUCAGGCUGGCCGGCAGUGUCUUCAGCAGCAUCAAUAGUCUGUCCUCAGCAAACCUGAAGGUGAACAUACAUAUGGCCAUGAUGGAAAAUUUCCACCACAUCUACUGCUUCCUGUGCCAGAAGAAGAUCCCCUGCCUGGAGGACAAGAAGAGAGAAGCCAAGCAAAGGUACAGCGAGCACAUGGAGAAAUAUGUCCUCAAGUGCCUGGACCAGCCCCUGGAGAAGCUCCAUCACUUCUUUGAGGGGGUGAAAGCCCGCCUGGCUCAGGGGGUGAAGGAGGAGGAGCUGAGCUUCCAGCUGGCCUACAGCAAGCAGGAGCUCAGGAAGGUCCUUGAGAAAUACCCUGGCAAGGAAGUCAGAAGAGCCCUGGAGACCCUCUACAGGAAAAUCCACAAGGACCUCUCCCCAGAGGAAAACCUUCUGCCGGUGGUGUGGCACGCCAUGGAGCAGGAGUUCAUCUGCCAGUACCAAGAGUUUGAGGAUCUGAUCCGACGCUGCUACGCAGGAUCAGGGAUUGCCAUGGACUUCACCGUGGAGGACCUGCUGAGCUACUUCAGCUCCAUCACUCUGUCCAACAUGUAGACAAGACCCUCUCUGGAUGUUUCUGGAAGCAGCCCAGGAACCCUCAUCUGCAGCUACACCUUUAAGAAGCUGAACUCCAAACCCUUCCCAAGCCUGAGCUGUGGGAUCACACCCUGACCUUAAAGUCCAAGACUUGUCAGUCUCAGACUAGAACUCCCCUGGGGAAGUGGAGUUCUCAGACCCAAACCACAGCUUCCCUGCUCCA